GAAUGUCAUGCAUAUUAUCCAAAGAGCUCGCCUAUAAAUCAUCAAACUUCUGACAGAGGUCCCGAUCUCAUUUCAUAAACCCUUUCUUCUCUUUAAUUCUUUCUUCUUGGUUUGAUUUCUACUCUUUCCUCCACCCUCACCAAAAUUCUCGUUACCUUCACCAUCUUCAAUCUCUCUGUACUAAAUGACCUCCAUCAAUUUCACUAUCAAUUCAGUUUCUGCGUUAAACCCUAAACUCAAUCAUCAUAAUGCUCGUCACUCUCUUCUCCAUUCUCCAACCUUUCACCCAUUUCUCAAACAAAACCGCACUUUCAAACCCUCCCUUCAGAAACCGUUAACCGUCACUUUCGUUGCACCUCAACAUGACUCUGAUCAUGGUGAAGUUGAGGUGGAGAAGGGGAAUAUGUUGGAACAGUUGAAGAUACAGGUUGAUAAGGUAACUCAUGCUUUGGAUGCUGUGACAAAGAAAUUUAUUACCGAAGAAGGAAACGAGUCUUUUUCUUAUACCACCGCGAAGGAAAUUAUUGAGACUUUUAGCAUCCCUGUUGAUGAUCUCUUCAGCAAUGUUUCUGGAAUUCGGGACUUUUAUGUUGGUAUACCCUACGGUUACAUACUAUCUUGGGGUGGCUUCCUUUCCUUUAUGAUAACCGGAAGCAUUGCAGCAAUAAGGUUUGGGCUGGUUUUAGGUGGUGCCCUAUUAGCUUUAAGCAUUUUAAGUCUGAAAUCAUAUAGGAAAGGAAAGCCCUCUUUUCUAGCUUUGAUAGGCCAGACAGCAAUAGCAAGUAUCUUGUUUCUGCGGAAGAUCGGCUCAGUUGGCAGAGGAUCAACUUAUUUCACUGCCUUGAUCAGUGGCGCGGUAGUGGCAUUUUAUGUCUAUAGACUGGUUUUGGAUGGUAAAACACAAAAAGGUUCAAACUUGGAAGGUGAAGCAGGAAACUAGUUCAGUGAUAAGCGUCAAGUGGAUGAUCCGUGUGAUGAUCAGAUAAAAACUGAAGUUCUGCGUGAAGACAUAGUAGAUUUAGGUGAUUAUUUAUUUCUUUGAUAUUCACUGGCUGGAUGGUCAAGACUCGUUGCUGAUGGUGGUUAGGGUUACUGGUAAACGAUUAAUGGCAAUAUGCAUUAAUAUUUUUGGUAGCAGAACGUACUCCUGUGGUGAAAAGAACAAUGAGCACUGCUCCAUGAAUAUUCUUUUUGAAGUCAUGGAUGGAAAAAAAUCAGAGCAUGGGAAAUCUUGAUAUAGUACUCUAGUGUAUAACUAUGAUGAUUUUAUGAAUGAAAUCUAUUUUAGAUGGGAUUUUAUGAA